AUGGACAAACUGUCUGCUAGGAAGCCACGGAAGAGUGCACCUAAGACUCGAUCAGGAUGUUUCACGUGCAAAGCCCGCCACAUCAGAUGCGAUCAGAACAGGCCGGAAUGUGAGAACUGCACCUGGUCAAGCAGGAAAUGCGAGGGUUAUCCGACACCCCCCACCAACUCUGCUUCAGGGGCACGGAACUCGCCUCACAAUCCAAGCUCCGUUGCAUCGUACAGCAUCCCUUUUAAAGUCCCCGGAAGUCAAGCCGAUCGACAGCUCUUGCACUAUUAUUGCUGUCAAGCCGCAUGGAACCUCUCCAGCUACGCCGACCCAACCUUGUGGACCGAAUUGAUCCUCCAGCGAAGUCAAGAUCAACCCGUCAUCCGCAGUAGCCUUGUCGCUGUGAGCUCUUUGCACAGGGACUUCGUUUCUGGAUCGUUUUCCGCCAAUGCUAAGGAUCAGCCGAGUUUGAACGUCGAGACCAUAACUAUGGUCGGCAAAUGUUACGGGCAACUGAAGAAUUACCUCGCACGGUCCGAUGCCUCACCAGAUGUUGCGUUGAUCUGCAGCGUCAUAUUCUACUCCUUGGAGUCGCUCCUCGGCGAUACGCGACAGGCGAUAUCGCACCUCGACAGCGGGUUGAGGCUGCUGAAGCGAACUCAAUCCGAAGGGAAUGGGGCUGCUGACCCGCUGCUCGUGCACCUGACAUCUCUGUUCGAACGUCUGGACAUCCAAGCGAGUUCGUAUGAUGACUGUCGUCUUCCGGCGCUGGUACUCGUCUCUCCUCAAGAGACGCGAGGAGCAUUGUCGGUUGUGCCUGAUUCGUUCCAAGAUCUUGACCACGCUGAACGCAUUCUGGCCAAACUUCAGAAUUGGACCCUUCAUCAAUUGAUCCUGCAUGUCGAACACAAAGGCAAAUCAUCGGAAGAGCUUCCUCAGGGUUUAUUGCACGAAAGGGCAGUGUUGCGCCAACAAUUUGAGAAAUACCAUCAGACACUGAGAGGCCUUGAUAGGACCCCCGCUCAUUCGCCCUUGAACGUCCCAGAGAGCAGUACCCAAGAAGACGGGUGGCAGCUGCGGCUGCGGCUGCAACAAUUCCUGCUCUUGCAGAUAAGCUUCCACAUCUUCCAUAAUCUGAUCGAGGAGAAUAUUCCAAUUUCUGCCGAUGCCACAGGACACACUGAUAAUGACGAAGACACCCUCCGCACAGCCCUUUCCAAGGUAUUAACCCUCCUCUCACUAGCAAGCAACGCAGCAUCCCGCUCCGCAAGCGCUUCUUACCCGCUACCUCUCCCGUCGCAACGAGCCUACACAUUGUCCACAUUCCUCAUCGGGACAUUAUACUUCCUGUGCAUGAAAACCACCAACCAGGAGAUAUUAGCCACGGCUUGCCGGCUGUUCUCCCACCCUCUGAUCAAGAACUCCCGCGAUGGGCUUUGGGAUUCCCAACAUGCGGAGUUGGUGCUUAAGAAUGUGAUGGAGAUCCGCGAUCGGAGCAUGGGUAUGGGUGUGCCUGAUAUCGCCGUAGGAGAGACGUCGCAGGGAGUAAUAACAUCGACUUUCAACAUUGAGGAUAUCAGCUUGGGCGAUGGGACAGACCAUCUCAGCACGGACUUGAUGGUUGAUGCACUUGCAUUCAUCGUUACCGGCGAUUCUUUCCUGCCCCCAAUUGAUAUGGCGGCGCAGGACACAUCCAUGUCAACGUCGGGCACAAAUUCGCCGUAUCCCUCAGAAGACUCGUCCUCGACAAAUGCUAGCGAAACAAGUCUACCAUACCCGCACCGUCAGCAAACCAAGCAAUUUGUGCAACAUCUAGAGCACGGUCGUUCGCAUGCUGGUCUUGUUGCCCAAAACCAUCCGAGACUUGAGCGAGCCCGAACACAAAUCGUGGCAGGCGCGGCCCCGACUUCAAGUUCCGGCCAGUACACGCAGACUCGACCGAAAACUCAGCCUUGGUCACAUCUUCAGGGCAACAAUAUCCAACAACAAUGUGCGGUGUCGACGGAUGGGUUGCAUUGGAGUAGCAGGUUAGAAGACUUCGCGCUGGGUAUUGUGGACGUGCAGGGCGGAGUGGAGGAAGCUGCCAAGAGAGUCUCGCUGAUGUCUAUAUAA